AAAACAACUUCCGGGUCAACUUCCAAACGCAUACGUCAGCUGUAACAUUUUAAGUGGAGACCGAAGAGUACGUGGCUUUUCUAGAGAACAGACUGGCGAACGGGAGGCAGCAGAGGCAGUUUCGUUGAUUUAACACGGAAAAAUACAGUCAACCACCAUGGACCAAGUAAUGCAGUUUGUUGAGCCUAGCCGGCAGUUUGUGAAGGACUCCAUACGGCUCGUGAAGAGGUGUACCAAGCCAGACAGAAAAGAAUUCCAGAAGAUCGCAAUGGCUACAGCAAUUGGUUUUGCCAUCAUGGGAUUUAUCGGAUUUUUCGUCAAACUCAUUCACAUCCCCAUCAACAACAUCAUUGUUGGUGGCUGAAUCCCAUUCCUGAUGCCUAACGGACACCACACAUGACCAGAGACCCAAUCCGAAUCCGUUGAUCUGCCUUGACUUUUACAUUCAGUGUACAUUUUGUAUUCGACUGUGUUUAUAAAUAAAUGACCAAAUAAACUAAGAAAUGAAAA